AUGAUAUUUGUGUAUGAUGUAGUUGAAAGUUCCAAUCUUGGUGAAUGUACAGGAUCCGAAAGUCUUAGAUCAAGAAGCCUUGGUCUAUCCAAAAGGGAGUUACGGUUACCAUCUCCCCAGGAUGGAUCUGCUGUAAAUAUAGCAGCUCAUAUUUUCACUUUUCGGGAGCUUGCUACCGCCACAAAGAAUUUCAAGCCAGAGUCUUUCCUAGGAGAAGGUGGCUUUGGUCGUGUGUAUAAAGGGCGUCUUGAGACCAUUGGUAAGGUUGUGGCUGUGAAGCAAUUAGAUAGAAAUGGCCUGCAAGGGAAUAGAGAAUUUUUGGUGGAGGUUCUAAUGCUUAGUCUUUUACACCAUCCCAAUCUCGUGAGCCUGAUUGGUUAUUGUGCUGAUGGUGAUCAGCGUCUGCUUGUCUAUGAGUUCAUGCCCUUCGGUUCGCUUGAAGAUCAUCUUCAUGAUCUUCCACCUGAGAAGGAACCUUUAGAUUGGAACACUCGAAUGAUCAAGAUAGCAGCAGGAGCAGCCAAAGGGUUGGAGUAUCUCCAUGACAAGGCGGCCCCUCCGAUGAUUCACCGUGACUUCAAGUCGUCGAACAUCCUUCUACAUGAAGGAUUCCAUCCUAAGCUAUCUGAUUUUGGGCUAGCAAAGCUGGGCCCCACUGGUGACAAGUCACACGUCUCCACCCGAGUGAUGGGCACAUACGGUUACCGUGCUGCUGAAUAUGCCAUGACUGGUCAACUGACUAUCAAAUCCGACGUGUACACCUUUGGAAUAGUCUUCCUUGAGCUUAUCACUGGACGUUAA